AUGGGUCACCACGAAUACGACACCAAGGCGCCGCACGAGGGCAUGACGCCCGGCGAGUACGUCUCGUCGCGCAUCUCGACCCUCAAGCCGCCCAUGACGCACGUGCCGAACCCCAUCAAGCUGCUCCGCAUGCUGAGCGGCCAGCAGUGGGCCUUUUUCUUCAUCGCCUUUGCGGCGUGGACGUGGGAUGCGUUCGACUUCUUCACCGUGUCGUUGACCGUUACGGACUUGGCCGAGGAUUUUGGCAAGACGAAGACGGACAUUACAUGGGGCAUCACCCUCGUGCUCAUGUUCCGAUCUGUUGGCUCCAUCGCGUUCGGUAUCGCUAGUGAUCGGUACGGACGCAAGUGGCCCUUUGUCGUCAACAACCUUCUCUUCAUCGUGCUUGAGCUGGGAACCGGCUUCUGUCAGACCUACAACCAGUUCCUCGCCUGCCGAGCCCUCUUUGGCGUCGCCAUGGGUGGCCUCUACGGCAACGCGGCCGCCACAGCCCUCGAGGAUUGUCCUGAAGAAGCCCGAGGUCUCAUCAGCGGUAUGCUCCAGCAAGGCUACGCCUUCGGAUACCUCCUCUGUGCCGCCUUCGCCCGCGGCCUCGUCGACACCACCUCGCACGGCUGGCGCCCGCUCUUCUGGUUCGGCGCCGGCCCGCCCGCCAUCUUCAUCGUCGUCCGCCUCAUGCUCCCGGAGACGGUGGCCUACCGCGAGCGCACGCAGCUGCGCCUGGAAGCCAGCACCAACGCCGGGACGGAAAACGACAGCGUCGGCAAGGUCUUCCUCAAGGAGGGCAAGGUCGCGCUGAAGCACCACUGGCUGCUGCUGGGCUACCUCGUGCUCCUCAUGGCCGGCUUCAACUUCAUGAGCCACGGCAGCCAGGACCUGUACCCGACCAUGCUGACGAACCAGCUGGGCUUCAGCAAGACAAAGGUCACCGUCACGCAAGUCGUGGCCAACCUGGGUGCCAUGCUGGGCGGCUCCGUCGUGGGUUUCUGCAGCCAGUCGGUUGGUCGUCGGUUCAGCAUCAUCUGCUGCUGCAUCGGCGGCGGCGCGCUGCUGUACCCGUACACGUUCGUCCGCAGCGAUGCCGUCAUGGCGGCCGCGUUUUUCCAGCAGUUCUGCGUGCAGGGCGCCUGGGGCGUGAUUCCCAUCCACCUGAUGGAGCUGUCCCCCGGCGCGUUCCGCACGUUUGUCGUCGGAACCUCGUACCAGCUGGGUAACCUGGUCUCGUCGGCAUCGUCAACCAUCGAGGCGCGCCUGGGCGAGAACUUCCCGCUGGCGCCCAGCGCCGAGGGCGUGAGCCGGUACGACUACGGCAAGGUCAUCUGCAUCUUCAUGGGCUGCGUGUACGCGUACGUGAUUGUGCUGACGCUCGUCGGCCCCGAGAACCUGCGCGGCAAGUUUGACGUGGCGCACGACUCUGAUGCGCGCGAGGUUGUUGGCGCCGAGGCCAUGGAGCACGCGAGGGUGGCGAGGGGAUAUGCCGAGUCUGAGCCGCGACACAGCGAUGUUGAGAAGCCCGAGGUUUCUUAUACGCAGUGA